AUGUCAUCGAAUUCUUAAUAAAACCAACUUGUUCCUUCAUUAAUAACUCCCAAAGAAUCCAUGUUUAAAGGAAGUCUGAAAGUCAAAACCACAUUGUAAACUCCUCCAUAAUAAUAAUCAAACCCACAAUAUAUAACUCAGGACACAUAAAAGAAAGCUAGCUCCCCUCCUGUUUCCAUUAUUGAUUCAGCUCAUAAUCAGUAAAGUCAAAUUAUGGAAUUCCCCUUGGAUUAGCAUAAUGUAGACUAAAAUGUAGAAAUCAAAAUUGAUGUUGCACAAGUUAAGAAAGCUACCUCUGGUUUUAGUUUUCUUUAAAAGGCUAAAUAGGAAACAUCCUAAUCAACAGAUGAAUCAACCUAAGAUCAAAAUGAAAGUUUUAUAGUAUGUGGAAUGAAUAGUCAACAAAAUUCUACAUAAAUAUAUCCUCAGGAUUAAAUUGUCUUUUCUUUUCAAAAUAAUGAAAUGACCAACUAAUAAGCAAGCGAAGGCUAUUAAUAAUCAUAAGUCAACACUAACCAUUCCACCCUCGAGUAGAAGGAUGUACAAUAAAUCACUGAUGCUUAAAAUUACAAAAACUUAAUUUAAAAUAUGCACACUCAAAUCGAUGGCUCCCACCUUGAACAAUAUUCAACUUUAAUAAAGUAGUUACACUGUUUUUAAUAGGAAAAGGACUAAAGGAAGUGUGAAAUAUUUUUACAACAGUAAAAAAUAGAAUCCUUGAUAUCUUUGAACCAUUAAUAAUUAAACAAUUUUCAGAAUCAACUAAAUUAAAUAUUUGUUGAGUAAUAGACAUUUGCUUCACCUGAAUAAGUUGAAAUUUCCUUAUAAGAGUAAUAUGUUUAAAUUUAAAAUACAAUUUAAAAAAUAGAAGAGGAAAUUAAAAUUUAUGAAUUUGAAUUUAACAAUUUCUAAAAUGAAAAGCUAAAAAUCAAAUCAGAAGAAUUAAAAUACUAUAACAUUACCGAUUAAAAAUUGGAUGAAAUUGAAAACUUUCAUUUGAAAUAUAUCGAUUAAUACUAAUAAGAAGGUUCAUCUUAAAUUAAAAGAUUAUUGCAAAUUCUUGAUGAGGAGAAUGAAAGGCUCAAAAUUUAAUAGAUUCACAUAGACAUUGAUUAUAAGCAUUUAGAUGAAGAAGAAUAACAUUUAAAUUAAAUAAUGGAUAAUCAAACUAAAGAUUAUAGGGUAUCUUAGGAUCUUCUAUUGCAAAAGAAAUUAAGUUUAAACUCUGAAAUAACAUAACUGUAAUUGAUGUUGAGUUAAAAGAUCUUAGACUUGUAGCUCACAGAUUAAGAAUUAAUUUAAACAAAAGAUAAGAUAUAAUAAGUUUAAUAGAAAUUUAAUCAACAAUUAGGAAAAGUUUAGAAUAAAAGAACAAAAUUACUUGAUGAAUUAAAAGGGUUAAGUGUAGAAAAACUAUCAAUUGAAAACUUAGAAAAUGAAUGUAUCAAAAGAUAAUUAGAUUACAAAAAUAAACUUUAGGAUUUAUAAGAUUCUUUGAAUAUCAUCAAAGAAAAAAGAUCUAAUCUUUUAGAGAAUACUAACUUGAUACCAGUUUAAUGUUAAGAAGAAAUAAAAAUAUUUCAUAAGUAUUAAGUAUAAAAGUAAGUCAGUUUCAGCCUAUUAUAAGAGUUAUAAUAGGUUUAAAGAUAAAUUGAUGGAUUAAAAUACCAAAGAAACAUUAGUUAGUAAUAAUUGCAUGAAAUUUUAAAUUAAAAAAGUGAACUUCAAAUUAAGCUACCGAAAAUGAUUGAUUGUAAAGCACAAUUUGUUUAAAAUAAAAAUUUUAAAGGUGCUGCACAGAUCAAUGAACAAAUAAAGGAAGUAUAAAAGUAAAUAAUUCUCUUUGAAAAUAAUAUUUCUCAAAAUUAAUAAAAAGAAUCAUAGCUCCUCCAAUAAAUAGAUGAUAUUGAAGAUACUUUAUUACUUAAAUAAUAGUAGUUCAAGUAAUUGAAUUAGGUUACUGAAAUUCUAAGAUAUUAAUUUUAAGAAUUAAAGUUGAAAUAAAUUUAAUAAUUAGGAUUCUAAGGACUGUCUUCUUUAAUUUAAGAGAUAAGUAGUGAAUUAAAAUUAUUAUAACAAAAGAAUGAGGAUAUGCUUAAUUCAAAUAAAAAAUUUUCUUAAGACAUUCCAAUAGAUAUAACUGGAGAGGAAUAAUUAGGAUAGAAUAAUUAAAGAAUCGAUAAGGAUAGUAUUCAUAAAUAGUAGUUGCUCAAUUAAGAAAAUGAUUAUCCUGAGAUACAAUAAUAAAUCUAGUAAUUAAAAGAAAAAGUAAUUAAAUAUGCAAAAGAAGAUCAAUUUUAAUUGGCCCAUCAAAUAUAAUAAUAAUUAAAUGAGUUUUAAAAUGAAGCUUUAAGGUUGGAUUGUGGGGUAAAAAGAAAAUUGGAAAUUGAUUCACAAGAGAGGUUAAUUUAUUGA